UCAAAAUAGUGAAAAUACUAGUUAAAAUUUAAAAUGAUGCGCAUUGUUUUGGUUUUGAGUGCGAUUCUAAGUCUAGCAUCAUGUUGUCCACCAGCUGAGUCACUACAUCCAUGCACUUGUGAGGCUGAUGAUUCUAGCUUUAUUGAAGAAGUAACCUGUUUUAGCCUCGAAAAUGAAAUUGAUCUGAAGAACGCAGCAGCAGCUUGCAAAAAUAGGCCCAUUAUACAGAAUUUCAAGAUCAUUGAUUCGGCGUUGAAUUACAUUCCUGACUCAACUUUCGAAGGCACUUUUUUUAGAGUAAUAGAAAUAAAGGGUACUACACUAGUUUCAAUAGGUGAGAAGGAAAAAGCUUUUGCAGGUUUGGAACAUACUUUGAAUACAUUAGCAUUGAGAAAAAACGUGUUUAUGGGACCAUGGAACUGGUCAGCUUUGAAAGGUCUAAAAAGCUUGAACUUUUUAAUGUUCAAUGAAAUGGAACUUCAGUCAAUUGAAACAGAUAUUGAAAGGAUUAGCUUUCUGAAUGGUGUAGAUUUAUCAAAGAACGAGAUCUCGUGGAUAGAUGAGCAGGCUUUUAGUAAAUUUUGGAACAUGACAUACCUUAUUCUUGCUGAAAAUGGAAUUAAAGAUGUGAAGAGGAGUAUGUUUCCUAACCCAGCUUCUAUGCUUAAACUUAUCAGUUUGAGAGAUAAUCAAAUUGAAACUCUUCCAAAUGAUAUGUUUCAAGAAAUGCCUAAACUUGAAACUUUUCUGAUCGCCCAUAACCACAUUUUGACUCUAGAUGAGAAAACAUUUUCAUCAAUCUGGAAGCAGCUUGGCUUCUUAGAUUUGGAAGAUAAUCAUCUUGCAUGUGAUUGCAGAAUUUCCUGGAUAAUAAAUACGAAAUUUCCAAGAGCUACAGUGGGAUUUUGUUCUGAACCACCUCACCUGGAAGGGAAGAAUUUGACGAAGCUUUCGGCAAAAGACCUGUGGUGUUUCAUGUAAAAUGUUUAUUAUGAAUUGGUACUUUUAUACGUAUCUUGAAUAUUGACAGAAGAAAGAUAAAAGGUUUAUGCAAGCAUCUUGUAAAUACAUUAGAAAAUGAAGUUUUAAAUUAUAUAAAAUGUAUUUUUGUAUCAAAUAUUUUAUCAAAUGUAAGAAAUGUAUUUUAUCAAUGUAAUUAUUUAUGAAAUGUACUUUUAAAUUAAAUAAAUAAUUUUU